GCGGCGGGGCGGCGCGGCCGGUGCUGAGGGGGCGGGGGGCUGCGCCGGGCCUUGCCCUCGCCGGGCGCCAUGAGCCAGGGCGGCGGGGCCGCGGGCGAGAGCGGCGAGCCGGAGGCCAAGGUGCUGCACACCAAGCGGCUGUACCGCAUCAGAAGACAAGAUUCAGGAAAAAAUGAUGGCCUUGGUCAGCCCUACCCAGAAGGGAUGAGGUGCCAUGCCGUCAGCGCUGAGAUGCCUGGCUUCUGCUCUGCUGAUGACUUGUUUUAGCAGUGGUAGAGGCCGUUCAUCGAUUAGAUCUCAUCCUUGGUAAUAAGGCAGCGUAUCAAGAAGUGUUCAAGCCAGAGAACAUCAGCUUGAGGAACAAGCUGCGGGAGCUGUGUGUGAAGCUGAUGUUCCUGCAUCCAGUUGAUUAUGGAAGAAAAGCAGAAGAAUUGCUCUGGAGAAAAGUUUACUAUGAAGUUAUCCAGCUCAUUAAAACAAAUAAAAAGCACAUUCACAGCCGUAGCACUCUGGAGUGUGCGUACCGGACUCACUUAGUUGCUGGCAUAGGAUUUUACCAGCACCUUCUCCUCUACAUCCAGUCUCACUAUCAGCUGGAGCUGCAGUGCUGCAUUGACUGGACGCACGUAACGGACCCUCUAAUAGGCUGCAAGAAACCUGUGUCUGCAUCAGAGAAGGAGAUGGAGUGGGCACAGAUGGCAUGUCACAGAUGUCUGGUUUAUCUGGGAGAUCUAGCUCGCUAUCAGAAUGAACUGGCAGGUGUGGACACGGAGUUGCUGGCUGAGCGGUUUUACUAUCAAGCCCUUUCUGUUGCACCACAAAUUGGCAUGCCCUUUAACCAGCUGGGGACAUUGGCAGGGAGCAAAUACUACAACGUGGAAGCUACCUAUUGCUACUUACGCUGUAUCCAGUCUGAAGUGUCCUUUGAAGGUGCCUAUGGGAACCUGAAGCGGCUGUACGACAAAGCAGCCAAAAUGUAUCACCAGUUGAAGAAAUGUGAAACCAGGAAGUUGUCUCCAAGCAAGAAACGAGGCAAAGACAUUAAGAGGUUGCUGGUGAGCUUUAUGUACCUGCAGAGUCUUCUGCAGCCAAAAAGCAGCUCUCUGGAUUCUGAGCUGACAUCUCUCUGCCAGUCUGUGCUGGAGGAUUUCAACCUGUGCUUGUUCUACCUGCCCUCACCUCCUAAUAUGAGCUCAACUAGUGAAGAUGAAGAAGAGUAUGAGAGUGGCUACUCCUUCCUUCCUGAUCUCCUGAUCUUUCGCAUGGUGAUCAUCUGCCUUAUGAGUGUUCACAGCCUCAAGAGAGCAGGUUCAAAGCAGUACAGUGCGGCCAUCGCUUUCACGCUGGCCCUCUUCUCUCACCUGAUAAAUCACGUCAAUAUUCGCCUGCAGGCAGAGCUAGAAGAAGGGGAAAAUCCAGUCCCGGCCUUUCAGAGUGAUGGCACAGAUGACCAGGAGCCGCGGGAGCCCUUGAACUCGAUUGAGAAGGAAGCUGAAGCUGAUUUGGCCAAUCACCAGCCCAGUGAGGAACAACGGAAAAAUGACUGCAAGAAAAGCAAGAAAUACUCCCGCCUCUCCUGUUUGCGCCGCCGCCGCCACCCGCAGAAGGUGGAUGAGAGUGACCUGAGCGAGGGUUUUGACUCUGACUCCAGCCAGGGCUCCACAAAGGGCAGCGAUGGCUCAGAAAGUGGCUCAGAGAAGAGUCAUGAGGAAGCAGAAGCUGCUUUUGAUGUGGAGACAGACUCUGACAUGAACAGCCAAGAAUCUCGGUCCGACUUGGAGGACAUGGAGGAUGAACCAGGUGAGGAGGGAAGCGUCCGAGGCAAAAGCGGGCCCAAAGAGGCCUUAAAAAACUGUGUGGAUGGCAGUGGACUGGGGGACUCCAAGAGCCCAAGCAUCUCUAAAAUUGAGGCUCCAGAUCCAGCAGUCAAUGGGCCAGCUUCCCUGAGCACUAACGACACAAGCAUAGCCAGUAAUCUCCAGGCCAUGUCUACCCAGCUGUUUCAGACCAAACGCUGCUUUCGCUUGGCUCCCACUUUCAGCAACAUCCUUCUGAAACCAAGCAGCGAACCACCCAUCUUGAAGGAUGGACUAGAAAGCAAGCCAUGUGUCAACGGAGAUCUGGAGAAGCCCGGCUUGACAGAGCAAGAUGAUGUGUCUGACUCUGAGGAAAGCAUUUCAAGUAACAAAUCCUGCAGGAAUGAGCGGUCCCUUCAGGAGAAGCUAGAGAUCGUGACCAACGAAGGGCUGCUUCUCACUGUCAAGGUGUUCCUGGACUGGCUGAGGACAAACACGGACCUCAUCAUCAUGUGUGCUCAGAGCUCUCAGAGCCUGUGGAACAGGCUGUCUGUGCUCCUGAACCUCCUGCCUUCUGCUGCAGACCUGCAGGAAUCAGGGCUGGCCCUAUGUAAUGAAGUCAAGGACGUUCUGAGUGGUGCUGAGCUCCCGGACCUGAAAGCCAACUUGCUGCUCCCAGAAGAUGUGGCCCUGCGAAAUCUUCCCCCUCUGAAAAACGCACACAAGAGGUUUAACUUUGAGCAGGACCGGCCCAUUUUCUCAGCAGUUGAGGAGUCCGUUGUCCGGAUUUGCUGCAUUCGGAGCUUUGGCCACUUCAUUACCCACUUGCAAGGCAGCAUCCUGCAGUUCAACUCGGAGCUCGGGAUCUUCAUCAGCAUAGCACAGUCAGAGCAAGACAACUUGCUGCACCAGGCCCAAGCCCAGUUUCACAUGGCUGCAGAGGAAGCUCGUCGGAACAGGCUAAUGAGAGAUAUGGCUCAGCUUCGCCUGCAGCUGGAGGUUUCUCAGCUGGAGGGAAGUCUCCAGCAGCCCAAAGCACAGUCAGCCAUGUCUCCUUAUCUUGUCCCGGACACCCAGGCCCUCUGCCAGCACCUGGCUGUUGUCAAACAGCUGGCCACCAGCGGGAGGUUCAUAAUCAUCAUCCCUCGCACAGUGAUUGAUGGCUUAGACUUCCUGAAAAAGGAGAACGCAGGCGCUCGGGACAGCAUCCGCUAUCUGGAGGCAGAAUUUAAAAAGGGAAACAGGUACAUUCGUUGCCAGAAAGAUGUUGGGAAGAGCUUUGAGAGGCAUAAGUUGAAGAGACAAGAUGUAGAUGCCUGGAAUCUCUAUAAAAUACUGGACAGCUGCAAACAACUGACGGUGUCGCAAGGAAGCGGAGAGGAGGACACCACGGGAAUGGUCACCAUCAUCACGGGCUUUCCACUGGAGGACCCAAGCACGUUCUCAGCACCCAUGCAGUCUGCCAUCCAGGCAGCCGCCAAUGCCAGCGUAGAAAUAAAAAAUGUUCUGGAGUUCUACAAGCAGUGGAAAGAGAUGGGCUGAUGUUCAGAAAGGCAUCAGGUUGGUGUACCUUUCUCUCCCCCUCUCGGAACGUGCAGCGUCUGAACGAAGGAAACAAAAAUCCAGACGACACAUAGACACGAAGAAGCAGCAGCAGCAACAAUAACAAAAAAAAAAAUUACCAAAAAAAAAAUUAAAAAAAGGAAAAAAUCCGAUUUGGACACACGGACACCCUCCACCUGUAUCCCGACCAGACGGCUGUACAUCUCCGACGGCGCCAACUGCUCUGAGAAGAGAGAGGCACCUCGGCACGGCCGAGGCAGAGCUCUGCCCUUCUCCCAUUCGGCAGAGGUGGGCGAGAGGCGGGCAGUCAUUCAUUCCCCCCCUCAUUCCUCCCCAAAGCUUGCUUGGUCAUCUGAAACGGGCAGGCGGCUUCUAAAGCGUGGACUUGACUUAAAUGAAACCAAACCAGUGCAGCAGAAACGGAGCCCUCCUAGCCUGGGAAAGAAGAUCCAAAGAGCUUUUAGCUCUUGUUUGGCAAUCUGGUGACAGGAAAGCAGAUAUUCUUUUUUUUUUUUUUCCUCCUCCUCCUUUGAAUUAAUGAUUUUUCAAGGGUUUUUUCUUUUUAAUUCUUAGUUUUUAUAUAUAUAAAUAAUAUUAAAAAAAAAAAAAGUGGAGUUCCUUUGGGGUUCUGGAUACUCUUCCAGUGUCAGAGAGAAAAGGAAACAAUUAUGCUAUUUAAAACGGGGGGGAAAGCGCUUAAUAUAAUUUUUUUUUUUUUCUUCGAACAAGCAUAUUUAUUUCCUUUCCCUGUCCCCGAUGGAGCGGGCUCAGUGCAAAGGGAUGUUGGCCUGCGAGGAGAGAGCAGUCUGAAGUGCCCCCAUGGGCUGGGGGCGCGUCCUUGCUCUGCUUACAAGCUGCAUGCUUCAUGAGCGACGAGAGGUCGGCCGGGCUGCUUGAGAGAGGUGAAAAGGACUGUGUUCCUCCUUCCCCGGUCCCUCCUACUUCUUUGCUUCCAGCGUUACACAGUGGAGAGGAGGAGUGGAAUCUGGCAGAGUUGCUGCAAGAGAGAGAAGAGCCGUGUGGGAUUUAAACACCGAUAAGGCGCAACCACUUCGCUUGAGUGCUGUGGCCCUGGGAUGGAGCAGACAUCUCCGAAGGACCCAAUGCCUCUCUUCCCCCCCUCCCCGGCCCUUUUCCUUUUUUUCCUUUUUAUUUUCUUUUUCUCUUCUAAAUUUUGCAAUGAGGUGUGGAGGAGGAAGGAGGAUCUCAAAGCCAUUAUCUCUUCUGCUGGUGGUUCGGACACACCACUGCUGCUAUGCCGUGCUAGAGAGGGUGGCAGAACUUGAGUUUUUGUAUCCCCCUUCCUCACGCCCCUCCAGGGUAGGCAAAGGCAGCGCAGCGACCGCCACUGCCCAGGACGGAGCUCCCAACCGUUCAGUGCUUUUAGCAUCCCCAAAAGAAGGGAUGACGCUACCUGGACGGAUGCUGGAAGAGCUGAUCCCCCGUGUGACCUGGGAGGGACCUUCCGGACAUCCUGACGUCCUCCGUCCUGACAGCACCUCAAGCAACCUGUGUCUGACAUCCUGUCACACGCUGAUGCUUGGAAAUGAAGAAGCGGGUUGCUCCCGGGAAAGCAGAGCGGUGGGAGAUAGGCUGAACGGCCUCUUUGUAGUUCAUCUGUGUCAGUGUACUCGAGAAACAGAUGUCUCCAUCCACAUGAACUAACAGCAGCUAUGCAAGUAAAAACCACUAGUCUUCUA